GCGCGGAGGGGUCGGGGCGUCUGAGGGCACGUGGUCCGCCUGAGUCAGUGGCAGCCGGGAGAAAAGUGGGCCUAGCGCUGUCCUGCACCUGCGAGGAAGGCGGUCUUCUUCAAAAGGUAGCGAGCAGUCUUGCUCUUAUUGGUAGCUGAAAAGCCUUUUUGUUGAAGGAAUGUUUUGAUCUGUUUGCUGUGAUCUUACAUGACAUACCUGAAGACAAUGACUUGAUUAUGAUUCUCCUGCAACGGUAUAAUCCAUCUGUAAUGUUUUGCCCUAGAGGCAAAUUUUUGGUUCCAGGAGUGCUGUAAACUGGAGCUAUAUACAAGAGUAUCAGCACAAUGCUGCCACCAUUGACCAAAAUGCAAAAACCACUUCAGUUGGCAUACAGGACCUGUUUGCUACCCUAUCGCUCCUGUAUCUUUCCAUGCAUAAAAGAAAAAACAUCCUUACAUCCCAUAAGAUGGAAAACGAUGUCCUUGGUCCUCAGCUGCCAAAGCCAAUGUCUGCAUGUGUCUGCUGCUUUUUGUGUUUCCAAGGAAGGGGGCUUCGUGGGCAAGACAUCUUCUCAACCUGAAGACCUUCACAAUAAAGAACUGGAGAGAGAAAAACUUACCACAUCAGCUGGUAAUUUUGCCAAAGGAACACCUAUAGAGCCCAAUUCUGUAGAGCUUGACCCUUUACAAGAUAAAUCAAUUAGUCUUGUGCAGAGAUUCAAGAAAACUUUUAAACAGUAUGGCAAAGUUCUGAUUCCAGUGCAUCUUUUGACUUCCAGCAUAUGGUUUGGAACUUUUUACUAUGCAGCUUUAAAGGGAGUAAAUGUCGUUCCAUUUCUUGAAUUCAUAGGGUUGCCUGAAAGCAUUGUAAACAUUCUAAAGCAUUCUCAAAGUGGAAAUGCAUUAACUGCCUAUGCAUUGUAUAAGAUUGCAACUCCAGCCAGAUACACAGUGACAUUAGGAGGAACGUCCAUCACUGUGAAGUAUCUUCGCAAGCAGGGGUAUAUGUCCACACCGCCUCCAGUGAAGGAAUAUAUUCAGGACCGAAUGGAAGAAACAAAAGAACGACUCUCAGGAAAAAUGGAGGAGACAAGAGACAUGAUUAGUGGCAAAAUGGAAGAAACAAAAGAAAAAUUAACUGAGAAAAUGGAAGAAACAAAAGAAAAAUUAACUGAGAAAAUGGAAGAAACGAAAGAGAGGAUAACUGAAAAGAUACAAGAAACCAAAGAGAAAGUUUCAUUUAUAAAGAAGAAAGAAUAGGAAAGUUGGCGUGAAAGGUGACAUUUUUAACCCUUUAGAAUAUCUGAAAUAUAUGUUCUUGCUACUAUUCAUUUCUACUUUGUUGUAGGCUGACUAGAAAUUUGAAAGCUAAAAAGAUAACAUUUAAGACUUGCACUUGCCUUAAUAAAAAUUAUCCAACAUUUUUCAAUGUAGGAUGUGGUAAAUACAACAGCUUUCUCCACAACUGAGUUCCUGAAGAAUAUUCUGUGGUCAUCCCAUUAGUGGCUUGACUGGAUUUAUGGAGAGGCAGAUUCUCUCUGCACAUCUGAUAGAGCUUACAUUCUUACCUGGCAUCCCUCACCUCGUUGUAAAGCAAAAUAUUAAAAUGGCUGGGUCAUGUAAACAAUGUCUUGAAUAUUGGAAAUUGUGUCAAUAUUUGUAUAUUAAUUAAUCUUACUAUCUCUAGGAAGAUCAGGUAAUUAGAAAGCUAUAUUAUGUUCCAUAUUCCUGUUAUAAAAACUUGACUUAAAAUGAUGUGUGAGGCUGAGUGAAAUGGUACUAAAUGUAAUUGCAUAUUUAUAUUGCAAAAAGGAUUUUGAUUCUUCCGUAAUUAGGCUAAAAUAAGUAUUACAUUUCAUGUCACUGAUAAAUCUUUCAAAAGAAAGGAGAUAGAUCUGUCUUUGUUCAUGGAAUAAAUGUUUACAUCUCUGUAACUCUGCUUAGUGAAAAAAAGGAAACACUGCUACCAUUUGCAUAGAAAAUCCUCCAAUAUUUCUAUUAGAGGCUACAUACAACAUUAUUGCGCUAAUGAAUGCUAUAGAUUCAUCUCAGGUAUGUGCUUUGGAUGGGUGGGGAGCACUUGGAUGAGAUCAAGAGGCUAUGAUUUCCAUGUUUUGUAUUUUGGUGACCACAGCUCUGAACAUCGGCAUUCCAGGUAUUUUUCCUGUGUUGAAAGAAAAGAUCAUGGGCAGUGACAAUAUAAGGGAUGGAAGCAUCAGGGUGAGAAGAACCUUAGAAAUGACUGUUGCAUCCAUUUUAAGACCCAUGGUUUAUAUUACUACCUCUAUUGUGAGUUGAAGGAAUGCUUUCAAAGUGCUUUACAUUAAUGUAACUCAAACACUUCGUCUGGUUUAUAAUUCAAUUACUUUGGAACUGUGUGAUAUAUUUUUUUUAAAAAUCUGAUUUGCUUCUUUCAGCUCUGUUCAAUUAAAACAAAAUAUCUGACACUAGUUAGUCUUAAAGCUCUGUGUCCAAGAAGCAGUAAAAAAGUGGUUAUUGAAGGGAUGGGGACCAAGGAGACCACUGUGAGCCAGUACCAAAAUCAACCUUGCCUACCUUUAAAGCAGUUGCUUUAGAAAAUGUAUUUUCUUAAUUGGUAAAGUUUGAUACAGCAUAAAAACACAGUACCACUAGGCAAUACUUGUGUAAAAGCAAAAUAAUGAUUUUGAGAAUUGGUCAUGAGGUUAUGUACUCUCAUCAUGGCAUUGCUGAGUGCUCUCUUAAGCUUACAGUGGAGAGAUUUGUCCCAUGACGUCAUUCCAUUUCAUUCCCAGAAACAAAAUCCUGCUAUAUUUACGCAAUAGUUUUUUGAUGAGAGAGCUCUUACAGCUGUUUUCAAGCAGUUUUACUCCUGCAGAAUACUUGUUCCAGAUGCUUACUGUGAGGUAAGUUUAAAAACGAUACGCUUCUUUUAAACUUAAUGAAUAUUGUACUCAGCAAAUACUCUUCAUACUGCCUGUUGCUAUCCUAGCAUUGCCAGAAAAUUCUAACAAUGACACAAGCUUCGCAGAACUGCUUUUCUGACCUAUCAAAGAGAAGCUUGAUAAAAGUAGGACAUUGUCUUCGCCAAUAUUAUGUCCGUGGUGUGCCCCUAUAAGCUGUGGUAUGUAAAAUAGACGCUGCUCAUUUAUUAAAUGUACCUUACCAUCCUUGUGAUAUGCAAGCCUCAGCCUAUUUCUUCUUUAGUAGAUUCAGAGCAACUUUCCUAAAUCUGCCUGCAGAGGAAUGCUGACUUUUGAAGCUUAGAAUCAGGUGAUUUGGCAACUAGCAAAAACCAUU